AUGGCUUUGUUUUGCUUACGGGCAACUCAAAUCAACAGCACUCUUCCAUUCCCAGCUGAGCUCUUAUUUGGUAGACCAAUCCAAGACAACCUGCCAAAGAAAAUACCGAAAGGAAAAACAACUGAGGAGGUGACUAGCAGACUAUUACAGCGGCAAGCUACGCAGAAAUACUACCAGGACAGAAAUACAAAACCACUCCAACCAUUAAAACCUGGUCAAAGUAUAAACAUCCAAGACCCAAGGACAAAAACCUGGAAACCCGCAGAGAUAAAAGAGAAAAUUCAAGAA